AUGGGUGGGGUGGGGAGAGGUUCACUGGAGCUUUCUGAGUUAAACGACUAUCCGCCACAACUUGGAAUUACGGUAGGACUUGCCGUAGGACAAUGUCCUCUAGGUUUAUACCCAUUCCCAACGAUAUAUCAGCCUUCAACGUGCUCUCCACAAGAUGUGUGCGCAUGCCAAAUCCAACGACCUGGUGCUGCAUGUCAGUACUCCCAACAACAUCAGAAGUACAUCUGCUGUGCUGGACAGGCACAAGAAUGUGGUGCGUCUACCUCUCCACUCAUCUCGUACACUGGUCAGAACGUGCAGUGUCGUGAAAACGGCAAUGAGUGUCUUGAAGGAUAUUCCUGUACGAAUGGUAUCUGUUGUGCCAGUAAAAUAAAUCCUGCUUGUGUCGCCGGUCAGUGCAUGAACGGUCAAGUUUUCGUGAAUGGACAAUGUUUGAAUCGUGCUGCCAUCGGGUCACCAUGUCAACGAACUGAACAGUGCCUUGGUGGUUCGACAUGUGUGAACAAUCGAUGCCAAUGCCAGAAGGGUUCUUCUAAUGUCAAUGGAGAAUGCGUUCAAUUUGGAAGCGAAUGCGAUCUGGGAAUGGUGAUGGUAAAUGGUGAAUGUGAAUCGCUAUCCUCUCCAGGAAUGAGCUGUAUAGCUCAAGAGCAAUGUAUUGAUCAUUCGCAGUGCGCAAACAGCAGAUGUCAAUGUAUUCAAGGAUAUCAACUGGUGAACGGUUACUGCGUGAGGAAUAAUGGAGGAUCUUGUCCACCCACACAGACAUGGAUUAACGAUCGUUGUGUGACCUACUCGAUUGUGGGCGGUCCGUGUUUAGCAAAUGUUCAAUGCGUGGGCGGAGCUAUAUGUCAGAAUUCAUUCUGCGCAUGCGACUCAGGAUAUGCUGAAAUGUUCGGUUUCUGCAUUUUGGACAACACACGUCCUCGUUGUUCUGACUCGGAGGUUCUUGUUAACGGAAAAUGCAUUCCAAAAGCACCCAUCGGCUCUCCAUGCCAAGUAAACGAACAAUGUCUUGGCGGCGCAUUGUGCAAUUACGGUCUUUGUCAAUGCCCUUCCGGACAAUCGAUUGUGAACGGAGUUUGUUCAGGUGGUAACGGUGGUGGAUGCCCUUCAAAUCAGGUGAUGGUAAACGGGCAAUGUAUGCCAGCGGUAGUGAUCGGAUCGCGAUGCAACUACACCCAGCAAUGUCUUGGAAAAUCAGUCUGUGUGAACAAUUUGUGUCAAUGCCCUUCUGGUAGCACGCAAUACUACGGAUUGUGUAGCAGCCCGGAGUGUCAACGAAAUCAGGUAUUUGUAAACAAUCAAUGCGUCCCUAUGGUUUCCGUUAGCGGUCAAUGCAUGUACAAUGAACAAUGUACCGGCUACUCCCAAUGCGUCAAUGGAUACUGCAUAUGUCCGAACGGUGCAGCACCGACUAAUGGAAUGUGCAAUGUGCAAAGCAAUGGCUGCAAACCAUAUCAGGUAUCUGUGAAUAACCAAUGCUUUGAUAAAGUAUCGAUAGGUCAGAGUUGUACAAAUGUCGCUCAGUGCAUAGCGAAUGCGAGAUGUUCAUCCACAUGUGAAUGUCAGUAUCCGAGCGCUUACAAUGGAACCGCCUGUGUCAAUGGCAUCUACUACUGCUCUCCCGGAACAGUAUCAGUUUCAAAUCGCUGUCUCAAUCUGGUGCCGCUAGGGCAAUCGUGUCAGAAUUCCGCUCAGUGCAUGUCGUUCGGAGUUUGCACGAACGGAAGAUGUGCCUGUAGAACAGAUUCCGUCGCCGUUAACGGAACUUGUAGAUCAAAUGAAGAGAUGUCCGGCUGCAAUGUGAAUGAAGUACUCGUUGGUAAUCAGUGCUACCCUCUUUCACAAGUUGGAGCGAGAUGCACGUUUACGCAGCAAUGCCUCGGCGGAUCCACGUGCCAGUCCGGGUACUGUCGAUGUCCAGCCAAUACGGUAGACAACGGAGAUGGUGUGUGCAGAAACGGAAAUUCUGGUGGUGACCAGUACUGUGCGUCAACAAACGAAGAAGUCGUAUAUGAGACGAACAAUCCGGCAGUGCCCAUAGACUGUCAAUUCUCUCGCUGUCCUAAUAAUAGUUACUGCUAUUUCAAUCAACGACUCCAGAGGAACUUCUGCUGUCGACAGAAGAACGGCGGCGGAUCAGGAAACUGCUCCAAUCCCUCACAGUCGAUUGUAUACGAAAAUGGAGUGCCGAUCAAUUGUUUAUUCGCUCAUUGUCCUUCCGGUGGUCAUUGUGAAUAUAGCCAGAGUUUACAACAGUUCUCAACGGAAUACUUUACCAUUCAUAAACAAUUGGUCCCAAUAUAUGUACUACAUGCUGCUGGCACCGCUAUCAGAACCGGUUCGGUCCCCUCCCAACGGCGCGGCACGGCGAUCCCUUUCAGGGUGCUCUGGGAAUUAUUUCGCACAAUUGAGAGGGCUAGCAAUGGGCCAACGAUUACACCAGUACUGGCGAUCUGCUUCAUAAGCAGAAGUGAAGGAACUGUGCUCUCACGUAUACCAAUAAAAUGUUGCAGAUACAUCGAUGAUUGCUGCAUCAUAACACAGUCCGAAAUGGAUGAGUGUUUCCGAAUACUAAAUCAACAAUCGCAAUACACAAGACUCACGCGAGUACGCCAAAAGAAGGCUGGCCCUCUUAUUGCAACACACAAAUGA